GGGGGCGGGGGUCUCGGUGCAGGGAACAGCCGCUUUCCUAGCUCCAGCCGCGGGAGGAGGGACGCCGAGGAACGGGAGAGGGGGGCUGGGGGGGCGAGCCGAGCUGAGCGUCGGGUGGUGUUGCUCGCUCCCCUGUAGGACUGCGCCGCCGAGCUACCGCCGCUGGCGGGGAGGAAGGGGCGAGUCUCCCUGGAGCCUGCUUCGCCUGGCGGCUUCCCUUCCACAGGCCCGGUGCCGGAGCGGGGAAGGGGCGGAGAGGGGCAGCGCGCCGCGGCGGCGCCCACCCUCGCGGGUCCCCUCAGGCUUGGGCUUGGCGGUGCCCGGGGCUGGUGAGAUGUUGGGCUGAGCGGCUGCGAGCCCAGGGGUGGGGUUCGCCGUGCCCGAGGGGUGUGUGGUGUGUGUGCGUGUCGGGGUGUGGGUGUUGAGACCGUCCCCUCAACCGUUCCGCCCCGCUGUGCCCAUGGUGGUUGUGCAUCCCUGGAGCGAGGAGCGGGGCCACAGCGCUCCGAGCUGCCGGCGCUUUGCCGCCGCGCCCGCAGGGGCCAGGCAACCGAGACGCCCAGGUGUUGCUGACUUCAGAGUCAUUUAAGGGUUUAUCUUUGAGGACACAGAGACACGAGGAUUGAGUCUGUUUUCCCAGCAAACGACAGUUCUUCACCAGUACUCUUUCCUCCUUCUCCCAUCCCUACUCCGCCUCAGUAAGGGAGGACAAUUGACACUUUGGGAAUUUUUUUAACAGUUGUCUACUCCCCCUUUCCCCCCACAGUCCCUGUGGCAUCUGCUAGACAUUACCCGUUGUAGGACCAGGAUAACAUCAUCAUCAUCAUCAUCAUCCUCACCCUCCGGUAGUACCCUUCCAUCCCUUGGAGUGCAGUGUAAGGAGGCAAUCCAGAAGAAUUCAUUGCCACCUUUUUUUUCUGGUUAAUAAGAGAACCCAGAAAAAAGGGGUACCUACCAAGACACGUCAGCUCAUUCAGGCAGCCAGAACUGAAGCAGCACUUGGCACGCUGAAGGAAGCCCCAUCUUUGGUGAUUUUUUUUUCGUCUCCCACUCCCUCCUUCCUCACCCAAAUUUCUGCAUCUAGACACUCCAUUGAAAGGAAGCCUUGAAGAUGUGCAGUUCAGUUGCUCCCCGGCUGUGGUUCUUAACAGACCGUCGCAUCAGAGAGGAUUACCCUCAGCAGGAGAUCCUGAGGGCGCUGAAGGCCAAGUGCUGCGAGGAGGAGCUGGAUUUCCGGGCCCUGCUGAUGGACGAAGUGGUGCUGACCAUCGAGGAUGGAAACCUUGGUCUCCGAGUGAACGGGGAGCUCAUCACCGCGUACCCACAGGUGGUGGUGGUGCGGGUACCGACCCCCUGGGUCCAGAGCGACAGCGACAUCACCGUCCUCCGGCACCUCGAGAAGAUGGGCUGUCGGCUGAUGAAUCGUCCCCAGGCCAUCCUCAACUGUGUCAACAAGUUCUGGACAUUCCAAGAGCUUGCUGGUCAUGGUGUGCCUCUUCCAGACACUUUUUCCUAUGGUGGUCAUGAAAAUUUUGCCAAAAUGAUUGAUGAGGCGGAAGUGCUGGAGUUCCCCAUGGUGGUGAAGAACACGCGGGGUCACCGAGGUAAAGCUGUGUUCCUGGCACGAGACAAGCACCAUUUGGCAGACCUGAGCCACUUGAUCCGUCACGAUGCCCCUUACUUGUUCCAAAAAUACGUGAAAGAGUCCCACGGCAAGGACGUGCGCGUCAUCGUGGUGGGAGGCCGUGUGGUGGGCACCAUGCUGCGCUGCUCCACAGACGGCAGGAUGCAGAGUAACUGCUCACUGGGCGGCGUAGGGAUGAUGUGCUCCCUGAGCGAACAAGGCAAGCAGCUGGCGGUGCAGGUGUCCAACAUCCUGGGGAUGGACGUGUGUGGCAUCGACCUGCUGAUGAAGGACGACGGCUCCUUCUACGUCUGCGAGGCCAACGCAAAUGUAGGUUUCAUUGCCUUUGACAAGGCUUGCAAUCUAGAUGUAGCUGGUAUCAUAGCGGACUAUGCCGCUUCCCUCCUGGCCCCCGGGCGCUUGACGCGGCGCAUGUCCUUGCUCUCUGUGGUGUCCACGGCAAGCGAAACUAGCGAGCCAGAGCUGGGCCCUCCAGCUAGUGCCGCUGUCGACAAUAUGAGUGCUAGCUCCAGCUCUGUCGACAGCGACCCUGAGACCACCGAGAGAGAGUUGCUCACCAAGCUCCCGGGGGCUCUAUUCAACAUGAACCAGCUGUUAGCCAAUGAGAUCAAACUCCUCGUGGAGUGAUGCCACCUGUAAAUAGAUGACCACCAGAACUCUCUCUUGUAAAUUUUGGUUUUCUUUUUCCUUUUUUUUAAACCAACUUGCAAUGCUGUUUAUCAGAGAAGCUCAGAGGGGUGAGGGAAAGAGGAAGAGGGGGUCAAUCAAGAGAGCAAAAGGCACGCUUGCUGUGAUUGCUUCCCCUGCUGCUUUGCGGUGUCUGUUCCUCAGCAUCAGAUGCCUAACGAAGAUGCUCAGUCCACAACCUAAGUGGGAGUUUUAUUUGGGUACUGGUUUGGUCCCCAGGCAUACUGCAGUUUCAUGUGUGUUCACAGGCAAGCAUUGAAGCAUGAUUCACAUCAGAAGACUUUCAGAAAGCUCUCUGGCAGCUCUCUGGAAACUUCUGUGUAUUACUGGACCUGUUGAGUCCAUUCUACCUCUGUAAGGCUUAUUCCUAUCAAUUGCUGAGUGCCUCAAUUUCUCCACGUGAGCUGAAGGUGUUAAAUACCAGAUACCUGAACACCUGCUGUUCCUGCUCCUGUAGAUGGGAGCUGGAAGUUCAUCAUCCUUUCGAAGUCAUCACUCUUUGACCUUGCAGGAUAUGGCCUUUCAAAUGAUGUCAAUUGACUAAUGUGAGCUUUCUGUGCAGAUCUGUCAUUUGUGCCAACUGGCUAUCAAUUGGCAACUUGGUGUCAAUAUUUCUUCAUAAAGCUUCUGAAGGAGACUUCUAGUGCUUGUGUGUUUUCCCAUUUCAAUUCCCGAUGUUGGAUUGGAAUGUGCAAGCAAAUUGGUCAUAUUCUAUUUGUGGCAGAAGUGUGGCACAUCACAAUUUUAACUCUUUAUUUUUGUGUGUGUGCAUGAUUAGAGGAGAUAAACAGCACUGUAAUGUUGGGUGUAUGAAAUAAUGUUUAAUGCAAUGUGAAAGCAAAUACACUAGUUUAAAGAAUACGUACAUCAGACUUGUAUUUGUUAGUGUUUUAGUCUUUCUGAGAGAGAUCUGCAAUGUUAAUGUUCCUUUUUCUUUAAUACAUGCUAGUCCAACAUUCCCUUCUCUAUGCCUGCAUCUUUAACAGUGGCCAAAGUGACAAACACUUGAGUUAAAGCCUGUCUGUCGGUGGGGUAGGGAUUGGUUUGGUUCUUUCUUUUCAUUUUAAUUUAUGACUUCUUUUUUUUU